AUGGCUAUAAGGCAGGAUGAAUUUAAUUCCAUUUUACUAGGUCGUCGAUUGUUUCAACAAUGGGUUGUAGAUUCAUAUGUUAAAAUCGAAAAAGAUAGAAUUCAAUGGUGUAAAGAUCAUCAAAGAGAGUUAAAAGCAGAUACAUACCAAGGAUUACAUGAUUAUUUGCAAAAUUCUGCAAAUGACAUUAAUGGUGAAGUAGGGAAAACAGUUAUUUUACCAUCGACUUUUUUGGGUUCACCACGUCACAUGCAACAAAGUUAUCAAGAUGCCAUGUCUUUAGUUGGUAAAACUGGGAAACCGGAUAUUUUUCUUACGAUAACUUGCAACCCAAGGUGGAAAGAGAUUCAAGAAAACCUUUUACCAGGCCAACAGGCAUCUGAUCGACCAGAUAUUGUUGCUCGUGUAUUUCAUUUGAAAAAAAAUCGAUUACUCGACGUUGUUAUAAAAAAAAAUGUUUUUGGAGAAGUAGAAUCGUACGUAUAUGUUAUAGAAUUUCAAAAACGUGGGCUACCUCAUAUGCAUUUAUUAAUUACCUUAAAAUAUGCUCAUAAAAUAACCACACCUGAUUUGAUUAACAAAUUUAUAUCCGCUGAAUUACCUGAUAAAGAUAUUGAUCCUGAUUUAUUGAAUAUCGUUGUAAAAAAUAUGACGCAUGGACCUUGCGGUGAUUGGUGUAUGGUAAAUAACAAAUGUUCAAAAAAAUUCCCAAAAGAAUUUCAAAAUGAAACAAUUAUGGAUGAAACUGGAUAUCCUCAUUAUCAAAGAAGAGAUGAUGGUGUUUCACAUGAACAACCUAAUGGCCAUAUUAUUGAUAAUCGAUGGGUUGUACCACAUUGCCGUAACUUAUUAAAAAUGUUUGAUUGUCAUAUGAAUGUGGAAAUUGUUUCAAGUGUUCGAGCUGUAAAAUAUUUAUAUAAAUACAUUUAUAAAGGACAUGACGCAGCUACUGUCGUUAUUGGGACCGAAAAUACAUCUAAAGAUGUUAUCAACCAUGAUAAAGUUUCUAAUUUCAUAGAAACUCGGUAUGUUGGACCCGUUGAAGCAUGCUAUCGAAUUUUGAGUAAAAGUCUACAAGACAAAAGUCAUACUAUAGAGCGAUUACCAGUUCAUUUACAAAAUCAACAGUGCGUUAUCAUUUCUACUGAUGCAAACAAUUCUGUAAACAAUCUCAAUGAAGUAAGUAGUAAACUGCUUAAUUAUUUCAAGUUGAAUAUUGAAAAUGAAAAUGCACGGCAAUAUCUGUACAGUGAUAUUCCAAGGUUUUUUACGUAUAAAAAAGAAAAAACAAAUGGCAUCAAAGUAACCAAAUGGGUAGCACGUAAAUCGCAUUUCAACUGUUUUGGAAGGAUGUUUUCGAUCAGUCCUACACGAAUCGAGUUAUUCCACUUGCGAUUACUACUAUUGCAUGUACGAGGAGCUACAAGCUUCGAUUCAUUAAAAACAGUUAACGACAUAUUACAACCUUCAUUCAUAGCAGCAUGUCUUGAAUUGGGAUUAAUAGAAGAUGACCAAGAGUGGGCUAAAGCUCUACAAGAAGCAACAUUAUGGAUGAUGCCACGAAGACUUGGACAAUUAUUUGUUCGCAUUUUAAUACAUUGUCAACCAAUUCAUCCAGAAAAAUUAUGGGAUGAUUUUAAAGAUGCAUUAUCCGAAGAUUUUUCAAGGACAAACAAUACUGAUAUAAGUCAUCAAAUGGCAUACGCUGACAUAAGUAAUAUGUUAAAUCAUGAAGGUAAAAGUUUGUCUAAUUUUCCUGCUAUGAAUCAAACAGUAAUUACUCAUUUAUUAGUUGAAAGUUGCGAUCAGUUAUCACAAACACAUUUGGCAGAUAUCGGAGAACAACAAUAUAAUUUAUUGAAUGAACAACAAAAAGAAAUUGUUGAUGUUAUUUUGGAUUUAGCAACUGCUACUAAUGAUAAGGUGAAUAAUAAUAAUUGUUUAUAUAUUGAUGGCCCAGGAGGCUCGGGGAAAACUUUUAUCUAUACAACUAUUUAUAAUUUAUUAUGUUCAAAAAAUAUUAAAGUUACUUCAAUGGCUUUUACAGGGAUUGCUGCAAUUUUGCUUCCAAAAGGAAAAACAGUGCAUAAAACAUUUGGCCUUCCAGUUCCUAUGUAUAGCGAUUCAUCUUCAAGCAUUACGGCGCAAUCUAAAGAAGGUCUUUUGUUAAAAGAAACAAGAGUUUUCAUUUGGGAUGAAGCUCCAAUGGCUCCAAGAUAUGCACUGGAAAUAGUUAACAGAACGCUUAAAGAUGUUAUGAACAAUGAUUUACCUUUCGGUGGUAAAGUUAUGGUUUUAGGUGGUGAUUUUCGACAGCUUUUACCAAUUAGACUUCAUGGAACAAGAAGUGAAACAUUGAAUCUUUCAAUAAAAUACAGUGAAUUAUGGAGGCACUUCAUCAAAUAUAAUCUUACAACGAAUAUGAGAGUUUUACCUCACGAAGUUGAUUUUGCAAAAUUUUUAAUAUUAGUUGGCGAUGGAACAUUAAAUGACCAACACGAUAAUUUGACGUUGCCUGAUCAUUGCAUUCUCGAUAUCAAUAAUGAUGUUGUUCAGACUGUAUUUGGUAAACUAAUCUUAGAAAAGAAAUUUGAUAACAUGAGUAAAUGUGCUAUUCUAGCUCCAAGAAAUGCUGAUGUCGAUGAGAUAAAUAAAUUAACUACUAAUUUGCUAGAUAUCAGCACGGAACACAUUUACACAGCAAUCGACAGUACUGAUGGAUGUGAUAAUGGGAAAUUUGAUGAAGUACUUUUACCUGAAUAUUUAAAUUCCUUAAACCCUUCCAGUUUACCUCCAUAUGAAUUACGAUUAAGAAAAAAUUGUAUCGUUACGCUUAUUAGAAAUAUUAGUAUUCAUGAAGGUUUAUGUAAUGGUACACGUUUACGGAUAUUAGAUUUUUCACAUCAUUUGUUGAAAUGUCAAGUUUUAACAGGAGAUAAAUCUAAUGAUAUAAUAUUUUUAAAUCGCAUCUCAUUGUUUUGUACUAACGAGUAUCCAUUUUCUUUUAAAAGACGUCAAUUUCCUGUUAAAUUAGCAUUUGCAAUGACGAUUAAUAAAGCUCAAGGGCAAACAUUUGAUAAUAUUGCAAUUGAUUUACGUAGAGACGUUUUCAAUCAUGGACAAUUGUAUGUAGCAAUGUCUAGGGUACGAUCAUGGGAUACCAUUAAAAUUUUUCUUGGAAGCCAUCGACAAAAUAGUUUCAAGGUUAAAAAUUAUGUUUACAAAGAGCUUUACUCAUAA